AAGGGCUUAAUGUAUUUUACUGGAGCAAGUUCUCGGCCCCGGAUGAUGUUGCCAUGGCGAUCCGGAGAUGGAGCCCCGCCCGGACACAGCGACGGUUGCCAGGCAGCAACAAACUCAAGGAUAGCCGCAACGAGGAGCGCUACCUGCUGGAGCGUGACGACGAGAUGCUGAAACUGCUCGAUGACAAGGCAGACAAAUUUAAAAACCCCAACAGCAUCCAGGGUGGGAAGUGGCAGCUUGGCUUCCAAGCCAUGUCCUUCGACCUGUACGCUAAGUACGGUAACAACCGCACGCUGAGCCUGGUGAGCCCCAAGCGGCCGUACUACCAGUGGCGCCUGCGCGUGCCCUCGGGCCACCUGGUGCGUCUGGUGGUCCUCACUCUGCACGCCGGCGCCACGCCCGGGAGCUGCACCGCGCACAAGCUGUCCGCCUACGACUUCCUGCUGCCGCUGCAGAACAAGAUCAUCGCCCGGUGGUGUGGGAUGCCCAUGACCGGGUCGUCUCCGGUCAUGAAGCUGACCUCCUCUGGCAACGUGAUGCUGGUCACCUUCUCCUUCAGCAGACAGAGGGACGGGGCCGUCUUCAAGGCCUACUUCCAGGCCAUCCCCAAAGCAGGCUGUGGAGGGUCAAUAUCCUCCUGGAACGGUUCCCUUACCUCCCCCUACUACCCAGCCCACUACCCCCCCAACGUGGACUGCUCCUGGACCAUACGGGCUCCGUUGCCAGGAUACCUGAUCUCCGUGACGAUAGUAACCUUGGACAUUCAGGACUCCUCGUCCUCGGAUGGCUGUGAAAAGGAUUGGCUGGACAUCAGAGGUGUUAAGCUGUGUAACCCCGUGUCAGAGAGCAGCAGGAAGCGCAUCUACUCGUCUCCAGUCACCCUCCACUUCCACUCGGAUGAAUCCGUCACUCACAAGGGCUUCUACCUGCUCUACCGCUCCUUCUCCACGGAGAACGCGUGUCCUCGCCAGUUCCGCUGUGGGGAUGGCCGCUGCGUCCCACUGAGGAAGGUGUGUGACGGCGUCAGGGACUGCUCCGACGGACGGGACGAGACCAAGUGCCCGUCAUGUAAGCCCGGGGACGUGUCCUGUGGGAACGGAGAAUGUAAACCUCCAGGGAGCCGGUGCCUCGGCCAGGCCCCCUGUGGAGAGAGCAGUGAGGAGGGCAGCUGUGGUGGGAAGUGUUUCCAUAUGUGUCCCAACAAGGUGUGUGUGCCCAAGUCCUCGGUGUGUGACGGAGUGCUGGACUGCAGGGACCGCAGUGACGAGCUCAACUGCAGCAAAGCCAACAACAAAGGUUGUCUGCCAUCGUCCUACAAAUGUGCCAGCGGGAAGUGUGUGAACAAGCUGAACCCCGAGUGUGACGGAGCCAAGGACUGCUCCGACGGCUCUGACGAGCAGCGCUGUGGCUGUGGCACCAGACCCAGAAAGCGCUCUAAGAUCGUGGGGGGUGCUGAUGCAGGGGUGGGCUCGUGGCCCUGGCAGGUCAGCCUCCAGAUGGACCGCUACGGUCACGUGUGUGGGGCCUCGCUGGUGUCCAGCCGCUGGCUCAUCUCCGCCGCACACUGCUUCCAGGACUCGGACGCCAUCAAGUACUCGGACCCCCGGUCCUGGCGAGCCUUCAUGGGCCUGCGGGCCAUGAGCACGGGCAACGCGGGCGCCGCCACGCGGCCGAUCCGCCGCAUCGUGCUGCACCCCCAGUACGACCAGUUCACCUCGGACUACGACCUGGCGCUGCUGGAGCUCAGCGCGCCCGUGUUCUUCAGCGACCUGGUGCAGCCCGUCUGCGUGCCCGCGCCCUCCCACACCUUCAGCACCGCCACCAGCUGCUACGUCACCGGCUGGGGCGUGCUGAUGGAGGACGGGGAGCUGGCGGCGCGGCUGCAGGAGGCGCCGGUGAAGAUCAUCAACAGGAACACGUGUAACAAGCUGUACGACGACGCCGUCACUCCCAGAAUGCUCUGCGCUGGAAACCUCCAGGGAGGGGUGGACGCCUGCCAGGGGGACUCCGGCGGGCCCCUGGUGUGUGUGGAGCGCGGGCGGCGCUGGUUCCUGGCCGGCGUUGUAAGCUGGGGGGAGGGCUGCGCCCGGCUGAACCGCCCGGGGGUCUACACCCAGGUGAUCAAGUUCGCCGACUGGAUCCAGCAGCAAACCAGAGGUCAAGUGUGACACGGACCGGGCGGAGCCACCAGCGUGUGAGGAACACAGAGAGAGAGACGGGCAGGCGGACACCCGGACAGGACACACAGACCGAGAUGCACAGAACCGAUCGUACGGAUAAAAGGACAGAAACAGCAGGAGCAGGCAAAAAGACGGACAGACGGACACAGACAGCCAGAACAGACAGGCCAUCAGACAAGACGGACAGACUGGAUAGAAAGUCAGCAAAUUUAAAAGGACAGAAAGACAGACAAUCAAGAUAGCCUAUCCAGGCAAACUGAAACAGACAGACAGACAGACAAUCAGACAGAUAGUCAGGCAAAACAGACAAACAAACCGACAUCUUAAAGGAAACCUCUGGAUUUUUCAACCCGGACCCUAUUUUCCGAGAAUUUGGGUCAAAUGGAAAAAUGAGGAGAACAACUUUUAGAAUAAAUCCGAUUUUGAGGGAGAGGGCUGCAGCCAUUAAACAGGUGGGAACGGGCUGUGGUUUGAAUCCUACACGGCUGGGCCGAAGGGCCUGGUGACCACUGACAGGCUAUGUUCUCACGGAAAGGAUCCAUGAAAAGGAAAAAACUUCUAUUGACCUUUCGCUUGAUCCAGUCAGUUUGCUAUUGUGCCCUACCAAGUCUCGCGAGAGCGGAGUGGUUGCAGGAGAAGGUUGGAGGUGUGACUGAGAGCUGGAGAGAGCAGCCCAAUAGAGAGACUUCUCCUUGAGCGAGACUGGGUUAGACACAAUGAAAAACGGACUAGAUCAAACAAAGGGUAAAGAAAAGUUGUACUUCUCUGUAGGGAUCCUUUCUAUAAUGUUAGAAUCUAAGCAGAGCCCUUUGACAGGAAGUACCU